UGCUCGGAAUGCUCAUUGCUUAAUGCCCAAUGCCCGCACCGGCAUUGGCGGCAUCGCAGUAUCGCACGAGUGACGACUGACGAGUGUGCACGUCGUAAGGCGACGAUAACGUUGUGUGGAGAUCACUAUAAUAGUAUAAUACUAGAUCAGUUUAUCAUGGUAACUACUUGCUUGUAAGUUGUAGUGCGCCGUUCACUGUUCACGUGAAAGCCGAACGACCGAACCGACUACGCACACGGGCGCUCUCGGUCCAACACCAAUCAUCAUCAUCGUCGCCGUCGACGACUACAGACGAACGCUGUAACGCACGCCGCUCUUGCUUCUCGUGCGGUAAACACUUCACGUAACCACUAACCUCCCAUCAUCGUCGGGCCUGCCGAUUGCGAGCGUUCGUUAAUUGCGGAGAUGGCUCGACAAUUGUUGGACGCGUGUCGUGUUAAGCCCGUAAUUUCAAUUGUGUUCUUUUGCCGUACAUUAUUUUUUACGAAAUAUAACUUUACUCAUCAGUAAUCAUAAAUUAUAAUAUUAUUAUUACCAUUAGGUACUGUUGUCUGUAACGGUUAGUAUCGUUGCUUUAAUUGUUAUUACUACAUACAUACAUAUUUUACAUAUAUAUAUUUUUUGUACAAGUGGUUUUGAGUUAGUUUUUUCAUUACUUACCAAAACUCGUAUAGUUUAUUUUAAUGUUAUUUUGACUAUGUGAAGUUAGUGCGCCGUCAAUCGUUGACACUUUAUGCAUAUACCCAAUCCGUGUUAGGGUAAACUCUUUAUUGUAAUUUAUUAACCGUGCUGGUAAAGUUUCAUACCAAGAAUAAUGUUUGCAAAAGUCAGUCUGCUGUGUGUGGUCCUGAUAGCCACGGCCAUAGCCAGUUCACUCCCAGUAGAUGAAAAUGAAGAUCUACUACCUACAAUUGUACCGGACGUUGGCGAUUCACUGACGUCUGAGCAAACAACGAAACAUACACCUACCGUUUCUCUGGGAUUGGUACAUGCCUUCGUUGCUUCACUUUCUGUGAUAAUUGUCUCGGAGUUGGGCGACAAAACAUUUUUCAUUGCCGCUAUUAUGGCCAUGCGACAUUCAAGAAUUACAGUAUUCACAGGUGCUAUAUCUGCUCUUGCACUUAUGACCGUCUUAUCAGUUUUAUUUGGAUAUGCAGCAACAGUUAUACCUCGAGCGUACACAUAUUACAUAUCAACAGCUUUGUUUGCUGUGUUUGGACUUAAAAUGUUAAGAGAAGGUUUCAAAAUGUCUCCUAAUGAAGGACAAGAUGAACUUGAAGAAGUACAAGCAAAUUUACGACGAAAAGAUGAUGAGAACAAGAAGAAUAAUAAAGAUGCGUCUCCAGUCACCGAGAAAGACGAUAAAUCGCCUGCGGUUAUGCCAUCCGUGGUUGAAACUAUCAACGUGACUGUUGACAAUAGUACUGACUUUAAGGAUGCAGACAUUGAACAACAGGCCCCAAAAAGAUGUAGAUUACGAUUCGGCAGUAAGAGUUUGUUGAUUGUGUCAAAAACUCUGAUUCAAGCUUUUACUAUGACAUUCCUCGCAGAAUGGGGAGACCGUAGUCAAUUAGCCACUAUAAUUUUGGCAGCUAGAGAAGAUGCUUAUGGUGUUGCACUUGGAGGAGUCUUAGGACAUUCUUUAUGUACAGGAUUAGCUGUUAUCGGUGGUCGUUUUAUUGCUCAAAAAAUAUCUGUUCGAACUGUAACUAUUGUGGGCGGUGUUGUAUUUAUAAUGUUUGCCGUGACUGCAUUAAUGUUUGAUCCAAAUGAAGGAGAAACGUAGCCAUGGGAACGUCAUAACAUCUAUUAAGGCCAUUGCAAAAGCUCCAGUGUCAGAGCUCAGCAUACUUAGUUCAUCUGUGAUAUUUAUAUUUCACUACUCUUAUUUUAGUGUAUGCUUUCAUUCAAGUUUAAAAUUCAAUAAUAUUGGAUAAUUUUUGUAUUAUUGAUUUAUAUAUAUGUUAUAUUUGUAUAAAUAAAGUAUUAUUAAUGAGAUUUAUUGCCAUAAGGUAUAACAAUGUAUAGUAUAUAAACUGUGAAUGAUAAUAAAAUUGAUAUAUUUGCCUAAA